GGGCAACCAGCAGCUUAGCAAUCCCCAGGGGGGGCGGACCCUCCAGCAGCUGCCUCGGCACAUGGCUCUUAUUUGUUGCCAGUGGCGGGACGUCAACUCGGUCCGGACAACAAACAACGUACAACUCAGCACAGCAUCUGUAUCGAAUAUUAAUUCGCCAGGCGCGAGGCCAUUCCAGCUCGACAAGAGAGGCCAAAACAAAACCAGCAACUUGCUCACCGUCUCGCUCUGAAUUUUAGGUCGAGUUGGGCCCGAUUCUUGCUUACAUACCUCCUGUCACCCCGCCACACGCUUCGGCUCUCCUUUUCCUCCCACCUGAUUGAACCCCUUAUUGCUCUCGCCAAACUCGACCGCCUUUGCGAUUUCCUCACACUUCACAAUCACAGCCAUGUCAUUUCUUGGAGGCGCCGAAUGUUCAACGGCGGGCAAUCCGCUCAGCCAGUUCACCAAACAUGUCGGAGACGACAAGAGCCUGCAGCAUGACAGGCUUGUGGGAAGAGGCCCAAAUAGUGCUAUGGGUGGCUUCCGAAAUGUUGGCCGCAGUACUCCCCAAGACGAGAUGAUGAAUGGCUUCCUCCACCAGAAUGCCACCCUUCCCGACAUGCCGCUCGAGCAGCAGCAGGGUCCUUUGGCCCACGCCCAUCUCGAUCACCUUCGCGCUCAGUCCGGCUCUCCGCUCUCGCCAACAUGGGCCCCUGAUACCCAGGCCGCGAUGGAGGCCGCGUUCAACGCACCUCCCGGCACCCACUUCAGCGCCGACGAAUUCGCCAAGUUUCAGCACAUGAACCCUGCGGCUGCCGUAUCUCAUGCCCCCGCGAUGCCCGGCGCCAGCGCGAGCAUGCAGCGGCCCAUGAUGAUGGGCGGUGGUAUGAGCUACAAUAUGAUGCAACGCCCCAUGUACCAGCCCAUGUUUGGUGGUCAGAUGCACAUGGCACACCAGCCUCUCCAGCAACACCAACAGCCGGCAGUCGAGGGUAAGGGGAAGGGCAAGGUUGUGGAGCUGGACGAGAGCAAAUGGGAAGAGCAGUUCCAGCAGAUGGAGCUCCACGAUCGCCAACUGCGGGAGACAGAAAAGGACGAGGCUUUGGCCAUGGAGCCCGAGUUGAACAAAAUGGACGAGAAGCUCCUGCACUCCGAAACCGGCUACGGUGACCUGGAGUCGAUAUGGCGCGGCAUCCAAGCAGAGCAGGCGCAGCUCAAGGAACUGGACGAUAUCGAGGACGACUUUGCCAAGUUCGACAGCGCCAACUUUGGCGGAGAUAAUCUCCACGACUGGGGACUGAACAACAGGCUCGGAGCCGAUCCCAUCGUUCAGGAUUAUCUCUUUGAGGAUGAGAACAUCUUCGAGAACACGACAAACCCAUUUGAAGAGGGCAUUCGGAUCAUGAACGAAGGCGGAAACCUUUCCCUGGCCGCUCUUGCUUUUGAGGCUGCCGUCCAAAAGGACCCCGAACACGUUGAGGCCUGGGUCUAUCUUGGCCAUGUGCAAGCCCAAAACGAAAAGGAGGAGGCUGCUAUCCGCGCUCUUGAACAAGCCAUGAAGCUCGACCCCAACAACCUCGCCGCUUUGAUGGGUCUGGCCGUCUCUUACACAAACGAAGGCUACGACAGCACCGCCUACCGCACCCUCGAAAGGUGGCUCAGCGUCAAGUACCCCCAGGUCAUUGCCCCGCAAGAUCUGUCGUCCGCUGCCGAGCUCGGCUUUACCGACCGCGCCCAGCUCCACGACCGCGUCACCAGCCUGUUCCUCGAAGCUGCCCGCUUGGCCCCCGACGGAGACCACAUGGACCCCGACGUCCAGGUCGGCCUCGGAGUGCUCUUCUACGGCGCCGAGGAGUACGACAAGGCGGUCGACUGCUUUCAAGCCGCGCUCCACUCCUCGGAAAUGGGCACCUCCAACCAGCGCGAGCAGAUCCACCUCCUCUGGAACCGUCUCGGUGCCACGCUCGCCAACUCGGGCCGCUCAGAGGAGGCGAUUGCCGCGUACGAAAAGGCGCUGUCGAUCAACCCCAACUUUGUCAGGGCGAGAUAUAACCUGGGUGUUUCCUGCAUCAACAUCGGGUGCCAUGCCGAGGCGGCGGGGCAUUUGCUCGCUUCGUUGGAUAUGCACAAGUCUGUCGAGAAGAGCGGGAGGGAAAAGGCUAGGGAGCUGCUCGGUGGCGGAGGUGGUCCGGACACGGACGCGAGGAUUGACGCGAUGACCACUCAGAAUAGGAGCACGACGCUGUAUGAUACGCUGAGGAGGGUUUUCACCCAGAUGGGGAGGAGGGAUCUGGCCGAGAAGGUUGUUGUUGGAGUUGACCCUGAUAUUUUCAGAGGAGAGUUUGAUUUUUGACGGGGACGGUGACCGUAACAAAGGUGCGUGUGAGAAAGGGGGACUGUGGCACUUGACUGGUAGGAAGGGGGUGGUUUGGGAGAGGUUGUUGGUGGUGUGAGAGUAGGGGUUGUUGAUAUUUCCUUUGUUUGGUUGAAAGGGGGCGGUAACAGGUUUUGGGUAAGUGUUGGGAAGGGGGCGAAAG